GUCGACGGCCAUGCCAUCGAUGAUCGGCAUGGUAUGCAAUAGGUAGGUGAUGUCGUGCUUUUGCUGAUAACGAUCGGGGCGGCUAGUACGGGCGCGCUUGGCCUCACCUCAUCUCCUGGUCCCAACGUACAACGGGCAAGCAUUCUUCUCUUUGUAGUCUAUCCUGCACACUUCAGCACUCACCUUACCGGCUGUCAUUUUCCCAAGAUGCCUCAAGCACUCCACUCCGUGCCUUCACCAGGUGCGGUGGACAACAGCGCACACGAAAAUGUUAUCGACACUGGAUGUGCCGACCCGGAGAAGCAUCCCAUGUCAACCAAUACUCCGUUCUUUUCGCGUCGCAACAUUCUCGGACCGGUUGUCAAGGAUCAUGGCGAUGUGCCUCUACUAGUCUGCUGUUUCGUGACCGGUUUAGUAGACGCUGCAAGCUUUCGAAAUUUUGGCAUGUUCGUUGGCAUGCAGACUGGCAACACGGUCAUCUUGGGUCUGUCGACAGCCGGUCUUCCUGCAAACCCACACGCCUGGCUUACGACACUAAUCUCCAUCAUUACCUUCCUUAUUGGCGCAUUCCUUACCUUUCGCUCGUCAAAGUACAUCGCACCAGAGGGCCCAACGCGAAACCGCCUUUGGGCAAGUUCGCUCUUCAUGGGUCAAGCCUUGCUCAUCUUACUGUCUGCCGCUCUUGCUACCCCUCGCGGAUUGAUCCCCCAGCUUCCCGGAGGCACCAGCAGAUACAGCGAGGAUCCCACAGACGUCAUCCGAAACAUUCGAAUUGUCAGCUUGAUCCCGCCUUUGUCGUUCCAGAGCGGCAUGCAGAUUGCAUCCUCACGGCUUUUGGGCUUCAAUGAGCUUCCCGUGAACGUUAUCACGAGUACUUACUGCGACAUUAUGGGCGACUACAAACUACUCGCUCUUAACAACGUCCGUCGGAAUCGGCGUGUAGGCGCUGUUAUCUUACUACUGAUAGGUGCCAUCAUCAGUGGAUGGCUACUGAGGAGUGAAGGUGGUCUUAUGAGUGUGCUGUGGAUUGCAGGUGGCCUAAAGUUCGGGACUGCCAUAGCGAUGUUCUGCUUUAUGCCGGCUGUCAAAGAAGACUCGCCAAAAUAAAGUCCACGUUACACCACUAAAGAUGAUAGAGAUAGAAGACCGGUUGUCGUGUCGUGCUAGGCAGACCUGGCGAAGUGCACAAGGUCGACGUAAAACGCACUGACAAGGCGAAUCCUGCAGAGAUAAAGUCUCCGACAGCACCAUC